CUCUAUCUAAAUCCUAUCCUAAAAGAAAAGGAGAGCCAGAUCGUGUAUUACAUUGGAAACAAAAUCAAUUGCUCAUCUAUAUCUUCUCUCAGACAUCGUUUCCUAUUUUCCAUUUGUUUCUUUCUUUUUCUUCUAAUUUUUCCUUGUUUUCCAUAACUGUCUUUGUUGUAAACUAGGGUUUGCUCUGAUUGUGGAUUUUGUCUGUUGCAAUUAGGUCGUUUCUGAGAUAAUUUUUAUUUCUCAUGUAAGGGAAGUGUGGUUGUAGUGGCUUCCCAAAUAUAUAAUCCUGUUUAGGAGGUGAGAUUUGGUUGGAGAAGAUGUCUUCGAAGUAUCAAAUACUUGACAAUAGACCCAUUGAUAAAUGGAAGGUUACUGAGUUGAGAAAAGAACUUAAAAGGCGGAAAUUGUCAACUAGGGGCUUGAAAGAGGACUUGGUAAAACGUUUGGAUGAAGCGCUUAGAAUGGAGAAGGAAAUACCGGAAACGAGGAAGAUAAUGGUUUAAAUUCUGAUCCCCAGCCUAUAAAUGAGGGAGGGAUUGAAAAGGUGACGCCGGUUAUUGUAGAGACAAUUAAAACUAUUGUGGACCAUAGUGACUGUGAGAUUAAGGAGAGUGGAGUGAAGGUUCAGGUUGACAUUAAUGAGAGUGCAGCUUCUUUGGGUCAUGAAGGAAUUCAGGAAAGGGACAUCAUGAUGCAAGAGGAGCUCAUUGCUCAAACCACCACUUUUCAGACCAAGAUAACAGUUACCAAGGAUAUGGUAUCUGAGGUACCAUUGCUUGGACAAGAUUUGCAGAGCUCAGGAAAAAAUGAGAAUGUGAAUACUGAUAUCACAGUGGAGUGUGAGGAUCCUAAGCCCCAGUUAGAGAGUGAGGAUACAAAGGCCAGGUUUAAGGAUGAGGGUUCAAAGCCUGAGGUGGAGACUGAGGGUCCAAAGGCUGAAGUGAGGAAUGAAGAACCCAAGGGCCAGCUGGAGUGUGUGAGUUCAAAGCCUCAGCUGGACAUUGAAGAUUCGAAGGUCCAGCCGGAAAAUGAUGGUUCAAAGGCUCCACAUGAGGAUGACAUGCUGGGAAUCCUUCCCACAUGAUCAACGUACAAAUUCCAUAUUUUGUUUCUCUUAAAAUUAUGUUUGGAUACAUCACAUCUUUCAUGUUUUGCCGCUGUUAAUUGCUUUUUCUUGUUUCUUUCUUCCUGCAGCUCCCGAAGAGGAAACGAAUGUUCCUAAAAUUCAACUUGCUAUGUGGGUUUGUAUUUUUCUCCUUCUACGUUUAUUUUCGACAGCUGUUAUUGAA